GCGGCGAAGGCGAGGAGAGGUCCUCCCCUGUAGUGUGACUGAGGCCUGACGGACUGAGCUCGUCUGUUAUGGCUCCUCCUGCUUCGGUUGAACGGGGCCAGACGUAACACCAGUGCAGGGGGAACGGGAGCGAACACACAAGCAAGGCGCUUCUGUCGAACCUCGGUGGACGAUGGCAUGCAACGCAAUGUCGGCGAAGAAAACAUAGAGUACGGCGCGAUCGACGUCGCCUCUCUUCUGCUGUGAAAGCUUCCGCAUUUCUUGUAGAUUAAGGACCCCCAAAUGAACUCCGUCAGAGCAAGUAACGUUAGCAGAAGACCUAGGCGAGUAUCGAGGCCGCGCCCGGUGCAGCCGGAGAGGAAUCACCAGGAAAGAGAUGAGGACAUUCCUGCAGAAAUGGUUGCAGAAGAAUCUGGUCCAGGAGCUCAAAAUAGUCCCUACCAACUUAGAAGAAAGUCCUUACCGAAGAGAACUGUGUGUCCAACUAAGACAAACAUGGAGGGAGCAUCCACUUCAACCAUAGAAAACUUUGGACAUCGGCCAAAACGUCCCAGAGUUUCAGGAAAGUGUCAAGAUUUACCAGUAGCCCCAGCAGAGCAAUAUUUGCAGGAGAAGCUUCCCGAUGAGGUGGUGCUUAAAAUCUUCUCAUACCUCUUGGAACAAGACUUGUGUCGUGCAGCAUGUGUGUGCAAACGCUUCGGCGAGCUUGCCAAUGACCCCAUCCUAUGGAAGAGGUUAUACAUGGAAGUGUUUGAAUACACCCGACCAAUGAUGCACCCGGAGGCAGGGAAGUUUUACCAGAUCAACCCUGAAGAAUAUGAGCAACCGAAUCCAUGGAAGGAAAGUUUUCAACAGCUGUACAAAGGGGCUCACGUUAAGCCAGGCUUUGCCGAACAUUUCUACAGUAAUCCUGCCAGAUACAAAGGGAGAGAUAAUAUGUUUUACUACGACACCAUUGAAGAUGCUCUUGGGGGAGGCCAGGAGCCUCACUUUGAUGGCUUGAUAUUUGUUCACUCUGGUAUUUACACAGACGAAUGGAUCUAUAUUGAAUCACCUAUCACAAUGAUUGGUGCUGCUGCUGGGAAAGUAGCGGAGAAAGUUAUAAUCGAGAACACAAGAGACUCCACAUUUGUUUUCAUGGAAGGUUCAGAAGAUGCGUUUGUUGGAUACAUGACCAUAAGGUUCAACCCUGAUGACAAAUCGGCUCAACAUCACAAUGCUCAUCACUGCUUGGAGAUUACGGUCAACUGCAGCCCCAUCAUCGACCACUGCAUCAUUCGGAGCACGUGCACAGUGGGGUCAGCUGUUUGUGUCAGUGGCCAGGGUGCUUGUCCCAAAAUCAAGCACUGCAACAUCAGUGACUGUGAAAAUGUUGGACUUUACAUCACUGACCACGCACAGGGCAUUUAUGAAGACAAUGAGAUCUCAAACAAUGCUUUGGCUGGGAUCUGGGUAAAGAACCAUGGCAACCCAAUCAUCAGACGGAACCACAUCCACCACGGCAGAGACGUAGGAGUUUUUACAUUUGACCACGGCAUGGGCUAUUUUGAAAGCUGCAACAUCCACAGGAACCGCAUCGCUGGCUUUGAGGUGAAGGCGUACGCGAAUCCUACGGUGGUUCGCUGCGAGAUCCACCAUGGGCAGACUGGAGGGAUCUACGUGCAUGAAAAGGGGCGUGGCCAGUUUAUCGAAAACAAGAUCUAUGCAAAUAACUUUGCCGGAGUGUGGAUAACCUCAAACAGUGAUCCCACAAUAAGAGGGAAUGCCAUUUUUAACGGCAACCAGGGAGGUGUGUAUAUUUUUGGCGAUGGCCGCGGCCUCAUCGAAGGAAACGACAUAUAUGGUAACGCCCUGGCAGGAAUCCAGAUCAGGACAAAUAGCUGCCCGAUUGUCAGGCAUAACAAGAUCCACGAUGGCCAACAUGGCGGCAUAUAUGUGCAUGAAAAGGGCCAGGGAGUCAUAGAGGAGAAUGAGGUGUACAGCAACACGCUGGCGGGAGUGUGGGUGACGACGGGCAGCACGCCGGUCCUGAGGAGGAACAGGAUCCACAGUGGGAAGCAGGUUGGGGUUUACUUCUACGACAAUGGCCAUGGUGUGCUGGAGGACAAUGACAUCUACAAUCACAUGUACUCCGGAGUACAGAUUAGGACUGGAAGUAAUCCCAAGAUCAGACGAAACAAGAUCUGGGGGGGUCAAAAUGGAGGCAUUUUGGUUUACAACUCUGGCCUGGGGUUCAUUGAGGACAAUGAGAUCUUUGACAACGCAAUGGCGGGUGUCUGGAUAAAGACGGACAGCAAUCCCACGCUGCGCAGGAAUAAGAUCCACGAUGGGCGGGACGGCGGCAUCUGCAUUUUUAAUGGAGGAAGAGGUCUGCUGGAGGAGAACGACAUCUUCAGGAACGCACAAGCAGGCGUUCUCAUUAGCACCAACAGUCACCCCGUGUUGAGAAAAAACAGGAUAUUUGACGGAUUUGCUGCAGGUAUUGAGAUAACCAACCAUGCGACAGCAACCCUGGAAGGCAAUCAGAUCUUCAACAAUCGAUUUGGAGGAUUGUUUCUUGCAUCUGGUGUCAAUGUUACAAUGAAAGAUAACAAAAUAUUGAACAAUCAAGAUGCCAUUGAAAAGGCUGUGAGCAGAGGCCAGUGCUUGUACAAGAUAUCAAGUUACACCAGCUACCCAAUGCAUGACUUUUACAGGUGUCACACCUGUAACACGACAGAUCGCAAUGCCAUUUGUGUGAACUGCAUUAAGAAGUGUCAUCAAGGACACGAUGUGGAGUUCAUCAGACAUGAUAGGUUCUUCUGCGACUGCGGUGCAGGAACGCUCUCCAAUCCGUGCACGUUAGCCGGAGAACCAACGCACGACACAGACACUCUGUACGACUCUGCUCCCCCCAUAGAGUCCAAUACAUUACAACACAACUGAGCUCCGAUGCAGCGAAGAUGCUUUUGACUCGUGCAAUGGAGAAAAAAAACUAGAAUUCACUCUGACAGCACACGGAGCAACAAAAAAAAGAAAAGAAAUGGAUAUGAAAAGAUGAGGAGAAAAAAAAAGUAUUGAAUUAUCCUCCUCUCCUUGUUUUGGGAGAAAAAAAGGCAACAGGGCAGGAAACUUGGGGGUGCAGGUGUGUUUCUAAAGAGGCACCUGACACUAAAGAUGCUCAUUGUUGAAGAACAAGAUACUGCAGCCAUGUACAGGUCCAUGGAGGACACAUUUGGAAGAAGCAGCUCAGCUGUUCUGGAGAAAGGCCCUAAAACGACAAUGCUUCCAUCAGAGGGCGACAGACGUGACCUAGCACUUCAGCGUUUUUUCUGUUCCUUUCUCCUCCAGACAAAUGUUGAGAUUUGAUUUUAAUGCUUUUUGUGUAGGUUUUUUUUUUAUUAUUCUCACGCAAAACUCUUAAUGUACUUGAAUGUCUUUAUUUUAUGAAAUGUGUUUUUAUUUUCCUUUUCUUUUUCUGUUUUGGUUAUUCCUCAGAAUUGCUGUAAUUAUACUCGUGUCGCAGUAUCUAACUUCUUUCUGUGAAAGAGAUCAGAGAAAAAGAGGAAAACACUAAACAUUUUCUCCAGCAACGUCGAUUCAAAAAGAGGAAAUGUGCUCUUAAGACUUAAAAGAAAACAAAUUUAAAGAUUUAUCGCUAGUUAAAUCUCAACUCCAUUCCUCUGGUAAAGCAUUGAUGCAGUUCUUUAUGGGAUGCGUUCUUUUAAAAGCACAUUUUCUCUCUGCCAACGCUGCUGGAGAAAUUCACAGCUUUUACUCUACUGAAGCUGAGACAAGUGUCUAUAUACAGCGCUUUGUUGUUUCAUCGCCCCCGUCCCCCCCCCCCCCCCCCCCAUCUAUGUGUACUGGUGAUUGUGGGUUCUCAUUCAGACUGAAAUGUAUGCAUGUAUCAUAACAUCUAGACUUAAUAUAUUGUGAAGUAUUCAAUAACCGUUAUGUAGGCGAUAGUGUGAAUUAAAAGGGUUUAAUUUGCUAGAUGAAACAUUGUCAUUUUUUUUAAAUAAACUUUAUUAGA